GCCUGCAGUUCCCGAGCCGCGUGUGCCGCACCGCCACAGUCUGGGCAGCGGCGGCCGGGGGAGCGCUACUACCAUGAACUGCCUGGUCCUCCUCCCCAGAGCUGCUCAUCCGGGUCCGGCUGGAGACACAGUCAGCGGACCCCGUCGCCGCCGCCGCGCCCUCUCUUCUUUCGGCUUGAUCUUUUCCUCCACCUUUUCCUCCUCUUCCUCCACCUUCUCUUCCUGCUUCCCCCCCUCCCCCGCCGCGGAUCCUGGCCGCCGCUCUCCAGACCCAGGAUGCCGGGGGGCAAGAGAGGGCUGGUGGCACCGCAGAACACAUUUUUGGAGAACAUCGUCAGGCGCUCCAGUGAAUCGAGUUUCUUACUGGGAAAUGCCCAGAUUGUGGAUUGGCCUGUAGUUUAUAGUAAUGACGGUUUUUGCAAACUCUCUGGGUAUCACCGAGCUGAUGUCAUGCAGAAAAGCAGCACUUGCAGUUUCAUGUAUGGGGAAUUGACUGACAAGAAGACCAUUGAGAAAGUCAGGCAGACUUUUGACAACUACGAGUCAAACUGCUUUGAGGUUCUUCUGUACAAGAAAAACAGAACCCCUGUUUGGUUUUAUAUGCAAAUUGCACCAAUAAGAAAUGAACAUGAAAAGGUGGUCUUGUUCCUGUGCACUUUCAAGGAUAUUACGUUGUUCAAACAACCAAUAGAGGAUGAUUCAACAAAAGGUUGGACAAAAUUUGCCCGAUUGACACGGGCUUUGACAAAUAGCCGAAGUGUUUUGCAGCAGCUCACGCCAAUGAAUAAAACAGAGGUGGUCCACAAACAUUCAAGAUUAGCUGAAGUUCUUCAGCUGGGAUCAGAUAUCCUUCCUCAGUAUAAGCAAGAAGCGCCAAAGACGCCACCACACAUUAUUUUACACUAUUGUGCUUUUAAAACUACUUGGGAUUGGGUGAUUUUAAUUCUUACCUUCUACACCGCCAUUAUGGUUCCUUAUAACGUUUCCUUCAAAACGAAGCAGAACAACAUUGCCUGGCUGGUGCUGGACAGUGUGGUGGAUGUUAUUUUUCUGGUUGACAUUGUUUUAAAUUUUCACACGACUUUUGUGGGACCUGGUGGAGAGGUCAUUUCUGACCCCAAGCUGAUAAGGAUGAACUAUCUGAAAACUUGGUUUGUGAUCGAUCUGUUGUCUUGUUUACCUUAUGACAUCAUCAAUGCCUUUGAAAAUGUGGAUGAGGGAAUCAGCAGUCUCUUCAGUUCUUUAAAAGUGGUGCGUCUCUUGCGACUGGGCCGUGUUGCUAGGAAAUUGGACCAUUACCUAGAGUAUGGAGCCGCAGUCCUCGUGCUUCUGGUGUGUGUGUUUGGACUAGUUGCCCACUGGCUGGCCUGCAUAUGGUACAGCAUUGGGGACUACGAGGUGAUCGAUGAAGUCACCAACACCAUCCAAAUAGACAGUUGGCUCUACCAGCUGGCCUUGAGCAUUGGGACUCCGUAUCGAUACAAUACCAGUGCAGGGAUAUGGGAAGGAGGACCCAGCAAGGAUUCACUGUAUGUGUCCUCUCUCUACUUUACCAUGACAAGCCUUACAACCAUAGGAUUUGGAAACAUAGCUCCUACCACAGACGUGGAGAAGAUGUUUUCGGUGGCCAUGAUGAUGGUUGGCUCUCUUCUUUAUGCAACUAUUUUUGGAAAUGUUACCACAAUUUUCCAGCAAAUGUAUGCCAACACCAACAGAUACCAUGAAAUGCUGAAUAACGUACGGGACUUUCUGAAACUCUAUCAGGUCCCCAAAGGCCUUAGUGAACGAGUCAUGGAUUAUAUUGUCUCAACAUGGUCCAUGUCAAAAGGCAUUGACACAGAGAAGGUCCUCUCCAUCUGUCCCAAGGACAUGAGAGCUGAUAUCUGUGUUCAUCUAAACCGGAAGGUUUUUAAUGAACAUCCUGCUUUUCGAUUGGCCAGCGAUGGGUGUCUGCGCGCCUUGGCGGUAGAGUUCCAAACUAUUCACUGUGCUCCCGGGGACCUCAUUUACCAUGCUGGAGAAAGUGUGGAUGCCCUCUGCUUUGUGGUGUCAGGAUCCUUGGAAGUCAUCCAGGAUGAUGAGGUGGUGGCUAUUUUAGGGAAAGGUGAUGUAUUUGGAGACAUCUUCUGGAAGGAAACCACCCUUGCUCACGCUUGUGCCAACGUCCGAGCACUGACAUACUGUGACCUCCACAUCAUCAAGCGAGAAGCCUUGCUCAAAGUCCUGGACUUUUACACGGCUUUUGCAAACUCAUUCUCAAGGAAUCUCACUCUUACUUGCAAUCUAAGGAAACGGAUCAUCUUCCGUAAAAUCAGUGAUGUGAAGAAAGAGGAGGAGGAGCGUCUCAGGCAGAAGAAUGAGGUCACCCUCAGCAUCCCCGUGGACCACCCGGUCAGAAAGCUCUUCCAGAAGUUCAAGCAGCAGAAGGAGCUGCGGAAUCAGGGGUCAAUGCAGAGUGACCCCGAGCGGAACCAGAUCCAGGCGGAAAGCCGCUCCUUACAGAACGGAGCCUCCAUCACUGGCACCAGUGUGGUCACCGUGUCACAGAUCACACCCAUUCAGACAUCCCUGGCCUACGUGAAAACCAGUGAGUCCCUCAAGCAGAACAACCGCGAUGCCAUGGAACUCAAGCCCAACGGCGGUGCUGACCCCAAAUGUCUCAAAGUCAACAGCCCGAUCAGAAUGAAGAAUGGAAAUGGGAAGGGGUGGCUGCGACUCAAGAAUACCAUGGGAGCCCCCGAGGAGAAGAAAGAAGACUGGAAUAAUGUCACUAAAGCCGAGUCGAUGGGGCUACUGUCAGAGGACCCCAAGGGCAGCGAUUCCGAGAACAGUGUGACCAAAAACCCGUUAAGGAAAACAGAUUCUUGUGACAGUGGGAUUACAAAAAGUGACCUUCGUUUGGAUAAGGCUGGGGAGGCGCGAAGUCCGCUGGAGCACAGCCCCAUUCAGGCUGAUGCCAAGCACCCCUUUUAUCCCAUCCCCGAGCAGGCCUUACAGACCACACUGCAGGAAGUCAAACACGAACUCAAAGAGGACAUCCAGCUGCUGAGCUGCAGAAUGACUGCCCUGGAGAAGCAGGUGGCAGAAAUUUUAAAAAUACUCUCAGAAAAAAGCAUGCCCCAGACCUCUUCUCCCAAAUCCCAAAUGCCGCUCCAAGUACCUCCCCAAAUACCAUGUCAGGAUAUUUUUAGUGUUUCAAGGCCUGAGUCACCUGAAUCUGACAAAGAGGAAAUCCACUUUUAAUAUAUAUACAUAUAUAUUUGUUAAUAUAUUAAAAACAGUAUAUACAUCUAUAUACAUAUGUGUGUAUAUAUAGUAUAUACGUAUAUAUAUUUUCACUUGCUUUCAAUAUGAUGAACACACUAUGGAUUUUGAUAUGUAAAUAUUGCAUGUCCAGCUGGAUUCUGGCCUGCCAAAGAAGAUAAUUAUUAAAAACGUAGAUAUUGCUUGUAUAUUAUGCAGUUGACUGCAUGCACACUUUACAUUUAUUUAUAAUCUCUAUUCUAUAAUAAAAAAAGGUAUGAUUUUUGUUAACCAAGGCAAUGUAAUAUUUGAAGAAUCAGGGUCCAACCUGCCAAUGUUGCCAUGACAAAUUUGAUCUCAGGCUGAGUAUAUUGACUCUCAUUCCUCACUGUUCUUUAAGUUAGAGUUAUUGAUUAAUGCCAAGGAAGAGUUCAACCUUUUAAACUGUUAGUACCAUUUUAUGAUCUCUUUCCAUAGGGUAUUUUUUUGUGACUUAGGUUAUUUUCCUCAACAGGUGGUGUUUGCUCCAUUUAAAUGACUGUUUUGUGGCCUAAGUCAGAUAGCAAUGUGGGAUAUUGAGAAUUUAUUGCUAUGGGUUUUGUGCAUGAAUUGCAUUUUAGCUCAACUAUACCUCCUCUUUUUUAACAUUGUACUUAGAUAGUAAUCAUUAACUCUUAUGUAAGGAUAUCCCUACUCCCUCCAUCUUGGAGAACAGCUACCAUCUUGUAAGCUGAUUUUAUCACCCCCAUAAAUACUAAACUAUUAAUAUAGUGUGUAUUAUUAUAGAAAUACUGCACCACAGGGUAAAAGGGCCUUUUAACAAUUCAUCUUAGAGAUGCUGAUUUUUCCAAAGGUGUUGAAUAUUCUAAAUUUGUGUUUUUAAAACUUGUUCAAGGGUGAAGUUGAAAGGCUCUUAGCAAAGAAACACAAACAAAAAAACCAUUUAAGAAUCAUAUCAAAAUUUUAACUAUAAUGAUAUAAAAUAAAAAAGAAUGUAAACAGAC